CCCUCCCCUAUGUUCAUUACAGGAGGUUAAAGCAGAGCAGGCAGGACAGAGGGUGUAUGUGUCUUUCUUUAAAGUACAGUAUAAGUAGGAAAACUUGAACAUGGUGCAACUUUCUAAAACUGGGACAAGGAGCAGUUUAUCACUGAAGGCUGGCCAUCCUCCUGCAGUAAAAGCAGGAGGAAAACGAGUUGUUAAGAAAAACAGUGAGGAUAAUGGAACCCUGGAGAAGGACAGCAAGAGAGCAGAUAAACCCAAUGCAUUUCUUCACCAGGUGGGUGUGGUGUGUUGCAGGUCUAUGACUACCUCCUCCCGGAUGCAGCAAAUGGGUAUUCUAAUAGCAGGCCCCCUAGAGAAGUUGGGCCGUGAUUUCCCCGAGACUCCGGUUUCAGUACGGCAUGGGAAGGUUAGACCGAGCACAGAGAAGCUGCACAUGCAGCGUUGCUUCUUCAUUCAGCAGCCUCGCAAGUGUUGAGCCAAAACACAAACAGCUGAAUAACCAAGAUGUGUAGGUGUGUGUGCAGCAUGAACAGGAAGUGUACGUGCUUGAGCUGAACAGUGCAUAUCAAGGACCUGACGCACUUCAUGUUUGAAAUCCUUGACUCCUUGCUUGAUGACUUCUAAGCUUCCAGAGGAUUAUCUAUUCUUACGGCUUUGCAAAACUCCUCUGUGUAAAUUCUUUUUGUUUAAUGCAUGUAAGCUGUUUUAACUGAGACAAAACCCAGCUGGCAGUUUUAUUACCUUGCAGAAAAGAAUGCAUGAGCUCAUGUUUACUCCUUUUGAAUAAAAUGUGUAUUGCAUUAGUAAAAA